UCUUCUGUUCUGGGGCGGAGUGAGACCUCAUGUUCCCGGUGCUCUGACAGACAGCUGGCUGCUGACUGUGUGUGUGACUGUGUUUUUAACGGAAGACAUUUUGAGCCGCUGCCGUGUACUCGCUGCUAUCGCCGGCCCGACGCUACAGAUACUUCACGCACAAAAAUACUUUGCAGUUACAAGUAAAAACUGUAUCGUUUGAACAACACCCCCUGUGUGUUUGUUCGUUUCUGGCCCAGCUACUUAGCUUAGCGCAUCAGAAGCUAAAGCUAUUCUAGAUGCUAGUAAGUUAGCAUCAGCCUGCUAGCUGACCCUCCUCCUCCUUCUUCACCUCCUCUUCCUCGACUCACAGCGGCUCCUUCAACAAACACAAUGGCGCUAAAACGAAUUUCGAAGGAGCUCACUGAUCUGUCCAGAGAUCCUCCCACUCAGUGCUCAGCUGGACCAGUCGGUGACGACAUGUUUCAUUGGCAAGCUACUAUAAUGGGGCCUUCUGACAGUCCGUACCAAGGCGGCGUAUUUUUCCUCACUAUUCAUUUUCCUACAGAUUAUCCCUUCAAACCUCCUAAGGUUGCCUUUACAACCAGAAUUUAUCAUCCAAAUAUCAACAGUAAUGGCAGCAUCUGUCUGGAUAUUUUGAGAUCACAGUGGUCCCCAGCGUUAACCAUCUCUAAAGUCCUUUUGUCCAUUUGUUCUCUGUUAUGUGACCCGAACCCUGACGACCCGUUAGUACCAGAGAUCGCCCGUAUCUAUAAGACAGAUCCUGGCAAGUACAACAAGACAGCUCAGGAAUGGACCCGUAAAUACGCCAUGUGACCCCGCCCUCUUCCACCUUUUCUUCACUUACUGCUGGAAUAAACUGUUUUGAGUUUUCUCAUUUGACCACAUCCCCUCCCCUUCAUGCCCCUGCAGACGAUAACAUUUAUUUGUUUACUUUCUUUUGCCCCCAUCUCCUAUUCCCACCCUUAUUAUUUUUAAUUUGAAAUGUUUUUUGUUUCGUGGCGGCGAGGUGUGAAGGUGCCAACGCUCAAAGCCGAAUAAAGACGAACUGUUACAUAAACACAGCGCUGCAGGAAGAGAUCAAUAUAUUAGUCAAUAAUUUAAUGCAUGUCAGUGGUCGGGUUUGUGUGCUGCUCACAAUAAAGACAGGUGGCGUUUUUGUUUUGUUUGUAGAAAAGUGAGGCGUUAGUUUGUCGAUCAGCAUCGACGCUGUUCUCUGCACUGACGAUGGAACUGAAUACCGAUCGUUGAUUGACUCAUCGCUCUUUUUUUUUUUAAUCCAAAAAAAAUUGGAAAAAGUUGCUCAUUGUAUUUUUUUCAUUCAUUAAAAACAUCUAAAUAAAUGUCAUUAAACAGU